AUGGAGGCCACGCUGGCGUCGAGGCUGAACAACGUGAAGAGGGCCGCGUACGAGGACGACGACGACGACGAUGAUAUGCCGGCGCUCUCGGCCCACGCGCUGCUGGCCCUCAACGAGUUCCUGUCCGCCCAAACCCAACAGGCCAAGGCCCCUGCCGAAGUUGCAGUCGUCGAGGAGGACUGGCAGCUCUCUCAAUUUUGGUACACAGAGGAGACGGCCCGCACCAUAGCCGAAGAGGUGCGGGAGCAGGCGGGCGCUGGUGGGCGGGUCGCCUUCCUCUCCACCCCGACCGCCUUCAUCGCCCUCAAGAAACUGCUCAACGAGAAGGGCGCGCGAGAGGAGGUGGAGCUGGUGCUGUUCGAGUACGAUAGACGGUUCGAGCGAGCGUACCCCGACGAGUUCGUCUUCUACGACUACAAGCACCCAACCGCUUUCGGCGACGAGUCCAACAACUCGAGCCAGUUCAAGGCCGGCUUUGACAUGGUGCUCAUAGACCCGCCGUUCUUGAACGAGGAGUGCAUGAGCCAGUACAUGGAGACCGUGCGCCUCCUCGCUAAGCCCAGCGCUCGCUUCCUCGCCGCGACUGGGCGGGUGAUGACGGACUACCUGAUGGCUCAGGAGAACGUGGGCUGUGGCGCCAUACGAGAGUGCCAGUGGCGCCCGAGGCACAACAAGCUCUCCAACGAGUUCAAGUGCUACACCAACUACGCCUCGACACGCCUCAAUCUCGAGGGCAGCGAUGCCUCUCCCAACGCCUAG